AUGAGCUGUUCUACACUUUACUGCCUGUCUGUGGCCAUAUUCUUGCUGCUGGAUUUGAAUCCAAGCUUGGCCGCCUGUGGCGAUCGCCCGCUGAAACAGUUGCGUCUACGCAGCAGCACAUCGAAUGGCGAGGAAUCCGAAUCCGAUCAGCAGCUGCCACCGAUUGAUCUCAGUCAUCUGAGUGAACAGCAGCUGCAGCAGCUCAUGCAACAGCUGAAUGUUGCCGAUCAAUUCGAUGAGGAUAAUCGUGGCAGCAGUCGGCCAUGGAAGAAGGUUCAACGCAUCAUCCGGCGGCAGCUAGUUCGUGUUCCCAAGCGAUAUCUCAAGAAGUUGCUGCGACAAUUUGGACUUGCCCGCAGCGUCAGCGUUCGCAGUGGAGUGAUUCAGCUGCUGCCACAGCCAGAGGUGCCAGAUGUGGAGCCACAGCCACAACUCUACUAUUUAAUACCAUUGGAGUGA